CGGCAAUGGUAAAGGCGGAGGAUAUUAAAACGGUUCUUACAAUGGUGGGGAUCGGAAUAAAACGAUUUCGAUGAUUACGCGCGCUAAAGAGUUUCGUCUACUCGAAACGAGAUGUCGCCACCUACAGCGCAGUCGCCAUCUGGUCUGUCGAAAAAAAAUCCAGUCUACGUCCACCAUCUUUGAUCGGUCGUUUCGGUCCGCCAUAUUGGCCGACCAUAUUUUAUAAACAAACCGAAACCGGGGGGCCACCGAUUUAAAAUUUUCCAACUCGGAUUUUAACACGAUCGACGUCGCGUCAAUCGUAAUCGAAUCAUCAAUGGCCGACCAAGGAAUCAUGUGCGAACACGUCGAUCUACAACACGGUAUCCAGGAGUGCGUCGAAAUCGAAACUAUUCCAGUGGUUGAUGUCCAAGACGCCGUUGAAACUAUCGUGGAGUGCGUCGAUCCGAUUUCGAUACCUAUGCAAUGCGGUUUAGAAGGUAGAGACAUCAUAUUAGAAGCCCAAGAAGAGGUUAUCGAUGAUACGGGUGAUCCAUUAAAUUUAUACGACGUCCCUGUACCCGACCCCGACGGAUCCGAUAUCUACGUGGAGUCAUCCCCGGGGCCCUCAUCAUCAUCCCCCGCGAAACGACGAAAAACAAACUCAAUCAAAAAAACGAAUUCGAACAUUUUAAGGAGGGACAAUGAGGUUAUGUUGAGCGAUAUCCACGAAACGAGACCGAGGAAAUGGGAGCAAAAGCAGGUUCAAAUUAAAACGAUGGAAGGCGAAUUCUCGGUUACAAUGUGGGCUUCGGGGACUUCAGAUGACGAAGGUUCAAAUCCAGAACCGGACCCGGAUUACACCGAAUACAUGUCAGGGAAAAAAAUCACUUCCGAUGGAAUGCCCGAUAUCGAUUUAUCGGAUCCGAAACAACUUGCGGAAUUCGCUAGACCCGGUUUGAAAAGCACACCGAGGCUGCGAAGGCCGAAUCAAGACAACUCAGAUCGUACGAUAGCCUGUCCGCAUAAAGGUUGUAAUAAAAUGUUCCGAGAUAACUCCGCGAUGCGAAAACAUCUACACACACACGGCCCCCGAGUUCACGUUUGCGCCGAAUGUGGAAAAGCUUUCGUCGAAUCGAGUAAAUUAAAACGGCACCAAUUAGUUCAUACGGGUGAAAAGCCGUUUCAAUGCACGUUUGAGGGGUGUGGAAAGAGGUUUAGCUUAGAUUUUAAUUUAAGAACGCACGUGAGGAUCCACACGGGUGAUCGACCAUAUGUUUGUCCGUUCGAUGGAUGCAACAAGAAAUUCGCGCAGUCAACUAAUUUAAAAAGUCAUAUUUUAACACACGCCAAAGCAAAAUCAAGAAAUUCGAUGGCGAGAGCGACUAAUAACGUGCAAAUGAUUCAACCGCAAUACGUUAAAGUGGAAGUGAACGACAUUGAGCAUCCGUACAUCGUGUAUACGGAUUAAAAAUUGAUAAUAAUAUUAAUAAAUAAGUGGGACUUUUUUUGUUUGAAGAAAGAAAGAAUGAAAGAGAUAACUACUUUUUCAAUGAUUUUUGUCGCGUUUGUGUAAAUAAUAACAGUCGUAAAUACCAUUUAAUUAAAUAAAUUAAGGAGGAAA